AUGGACUCACGACAGAUGGAACACAAGGUCAACUUGGCGUGUGCGCUGCUGCGCUCGGGGCAACGUCACAAAGCACAGGAGGUGUCCCAAGGAGCCUUGCAGGAACUGGGGAAACUCAAGAUCCGAGAGACCCGAGGUUUGAUGGGGUUGGCUUCCUUGGAAUAUGCCUUACGCGUCAACCUCUCGUGCUCCCUGGAAGAGGUGGCCAUGAGGAAGUUGCAGCUUGAGGAGGCAAUAGCUCUAGAGCCUCACCGAGUUGAGGCUAAGUUUCACCUGGCAGCUUUGCUGGAGGAGGAGAAACAACCAGAUGCUGCAUUGCAAGUGCUGAUGCAGGCUCUGAAGAUCGCGCCCGAGGAGGUGAAUUGCCUGGCGCUUGCUUGUCGUUGUCUUGAAGGCUUGGGCCGCCAUCAGGAGGCCCUGGCCACUGCUACACAGCUGUGUGCUGUUGAUCCUGCGUCUACGUUCCUUGCUCUCCGGGAGGUCUUCCGCUGCCAACCUGAGGAUGUUUUUGUUGUCACAUUUCCUCGUUGUGGCACGACAUGGAUGGUACAGAUUGUUGUCAGCUGCCUCUUCGGUGCUGGUGUCAACUAUGCAGAGCACGCCAUUUUCCUGGAGGGAAGCAUUGCCUCAUCGGCUUCAUACGUUCAACGAAUUGAGGGAUUCCCGCGGCCUCGUGUUUUGAAGAGCCAUGUGCCAGCAGACAUGCAUCCCGGCCUGGCGCGUGGAGAAGGCGAAGUGCUCCAAGCGCACGGCAAGGUGCUCUAUGUGGUACGGAACCCCAAGGACGCUAUGAUCUCCUUGAGGCACCACCACGCAAACAAUGCAGCAAUUGGAUGGGAUGGCAGUUGGGAUGAGUGGGUGAGGCAAUGGCUGUCUGGUGAAAGGUCAGCUGAGUACGGCGGCUCAUAUUUCGACCACGUGAAGAGAUGGUGGAAGCUUGCCAAGCUUCAUCCUGACCGGAUUCGAAUUGUCUACUUCGAGGAGAUGAAAGCGGAUCUGUCGCGGCAAGUCGCGCAGGUGGCGGAGUUUUUGGGCCUUUCCCUAUCCUCCGAGCAGCUCCAGAAGGUGUGCGAUGCAUGUCGCUUCGAAUCCAUGAGAAGCAGGCACCAGGUGGCCGAUGAUAUCCGGAGUGAAGCGCUAAGCCGCUAA